GAACGUAACAUUAUUGAGAGAGAUACAUGAAAUACAGUCUAGUCCAGAGUGAUAAAGGUUCUGGGUCAUUUUUUUAAGGAAUGUUUGUAGUAUGGGGUUCCUGUGGAAUUGAAAAUGGCGGAAGAGGAAGAGAGGAAGUUUGAAGAAAGCUGUAUUUUCUGUCAAAUUGCUGUGAAAAAGAAGGAAGCAAAAAUAGUCUACGAAGAUGAAGAGUUCAUAGCAUUUCCCGACAUCCGUCCUGCGGCGGAACAUCAUUAUCUUGUCAUUCCUAAAACACAUUUUGGGAACCCUAAGACUCUUGAAGGUCGACAUCUCAGUUUUGUUCAAAGAAUGAACGACGUUUCAUCCAAGAUUUUAGAACAGAACAAUGGUAAUAUCGAGGACGCAAGAAUUGGCUUUCAUUGGCCUCCUUUUAAUUCAAUUCAACAUCUUCAUCUUCAUGUAAUUUUUCCCGCCUCUCAAGUGCAUAUGAUGUCUCGAUUAGUUUACAAGUCGAAUUCUUGGUGGUUUGCAACAAUGGAAUGGACUUUAGACCAUCUUACURAAAAGCUUUCGAAGGAUGCAAAAUCUGGGGAUGAAGAUAAUAAGCAUAAAGAAGAUACUAGAUAAAUAUUUACAAAGAAUUGUAUGAAAAAAAACUGAAGGAGAGAAUACAAAUAUAUCUCUUGCCAUUCUAAAGAAAAGGACUGCAAAUUAAUUCUUGGCUUAAAUUUGUAUCCAAAGCUUGAAGUAUUUCAUGACUUAGUAUCUCAUCAACCUAA